UUUUAUUUUUUUAUGUGAUUCUGAAUUUUUUAUGUUUUGUGUUGGCGUUACUAACUUGUCUUUUAAUUCUGUCUACUCUUGUCUUCUUAAGUUCUUAUUUUUUUAUUAUGUUUUUUUUAUUUUUUAUCCUUUUAACUUUUUUUUGUUUUAUACGUAAUUCUGAAUUUUGUGUUUUUAUGUUUUUACUUGUCUUUAAUUCUGAUUUUUCUGCCUUUUUAAAUUCUUAUUUUUGUGUUUUUUCUUUAUUAUAAUUUACGAUUUUUUGUAUUUUCUGGUCGUUUUAUUUUGAAUAUUUUCUUAGUCUUUUUCAGAAUUUUUAUUUUUCUUUAUUCUGAUUUACGUUCUUUAAUUCUUCUUUCUAUUCCUUUAACUCUCUCAUUUUAUAUCUUUUUCCUUUUUUGUUGUUUUUCUACGAUUUUGUUUGUUGUUUUGAUGUUUGUUUGUAUAUUUUUAAAUUUUGUUCUCACUAUUCUUUUUACUGAUUUUUUUUAUUUUUUUACUUAAUUUUGAUUUUUUAUUAUUUAGUUUUAAUUAUUCUUUUCAAGCUCGUCACCAUUUACGUUUCUACGAUGCCCGAGUAAUUACCGUCAAACAGCCUUCACUUGCUGACAUUGCAAGGGCUUUAAACAAUGCUUUUGCUCUCUCCCUUAUUACACAUCAAGGUUCACCUGAAAUUUCAACACUUUCGCUUGAAAAUAUGGGACCUGAAUUGAAAGAUGCUUUGCGCAAUUUGUUGAAUUCAACAAAAAUUUUUGUUCACUAUUUGGGAUGGAAUUCUCGAUAUGAUGAAUGGCUUAUGCUUCACAAAAUUCGUGUUGAUGAAAAAGAUGAACGUCAAAGUGCCCAACAAGUUGAAAAUCAUUUAAUUAAAUCUAGUGGCAGUAAUAAUUUGCCGCCUCAAUUACUUGCUGCGGCGUUGGAUUGGUGUGCUAGUCCAGAAGGAAUUCCUUCACUUGCUUUACUACCAAGUGCCCAAUCUUCCGAGCAACGUCCUCGCCGUCUUUCUUCUUCAGCACUAGCCAAAGUAACAACAACAACCGUUUCUUCUGUUGCAGAUAGUGUCAAUAAUAUACAAAUAGUGCCUAGAAGGCAAAGUACAAGUUGUUCUACCUCUACAAGUUCUACAAUGGAUUAUAGAAGUCCUUUGAAUCCUUUUGCGAAUCAUCACGCUCCUCCACCUUCGUCUUCAUCCUCUUCUUCCUCUAAUGAUGUGACAUUUAUAGCUCCACUACCGGCGUCGCAUUCACUUGGAAAAUUUACUAUUCCACACUUGCCUGUUGUUCCAUCCACUGUUUCUGAAGCACCAUCUACUACGUGUACAACAACAACAAUUUGUUUAACUCCAAAUAAUCAAAUAAACUUAAACGUUGAACAUUCUCAUAAUGAUGAUAUUAUUGUUAAAAAAGAUGAGGAAAAAGUUGAAGAAGAAAACGAUAAAAAUAGCCAAAAAUAUCAUUUAUCGCCUAAAAAUAUUUCUCCUAUAGUUACAACAACAAAAGUCAAAACAUUCACUUCAUCGCCUACAAAAAUUCAUUUGCUUUCCAAUAUAAAGGUUUAUUCCAAUGUGACAACUUGCCCUGUAACAACAACUUUUCUUCCCACAACAACAACAACUACUACUACUCCACCAAUUACUACAACUAAUUCCUCUCUUUCUACUACAACAACUUCUACUACUAAUUGCUUCCUUCAACAACAACAAAUUGUCUCGCAACAAAAUGAUAACAACCCCCAACAAAAACAACAAUUUUUAGUUGAUGAUAAAGCCAGUGUUAAUUUUGAAAUAAUUUCUCCCUCCUCCUCUUCAUUAAUAGGGGAGAAAGGUUUAUUAGUAGAACCACAACAAUUAUUAUUAAAUUUAACUCCUCAACAAACAACAAUUUUAGAGGAGGAAGUAAAGCCUGAGACAAUCUUUCCUAUUCAACAACAAUAUUUCGGACAUGUUCAAGGGGAAGACAAUAGUGUAUUCCGUUUAUCGCCACCACCAGCCCCGCCUAUUUUAAAAAUAAAAGAAGAGGAGAAAGUUUAUGGAGAUUUUGAGUUUGAGAAGGAUUCGAUUGAGGAUAAAGCCAAAAUUACUUUACCAAUUAAUGAAAGUACUUCUAUCUCACUUGAUGUUACACCUCCUAAAAAUAAUACAGUACAAAUUCAACCACCAUGGGCACCAAAGAAGCGAAAAAGUGGAGAAUCUAUUAUUGCUGGUGCUAUGAGUCCUCCGCCUAAUAAAUUGGCAAAAAAUCACUUAAAAUCCCCUGUCAGACCGACAAUUUCCUCUGCUACUUUGUUGAGUAAUUUUACAUCUCCCACGCGUUCUCCACUUGUUGGGACAAAUGAAGCAACUUCGGAUGAUGAAGAGGAGAAUACAUUUGAAGGUAUUCACAGUGAAAGUCUUCAUUGUUUACGACAACGUUUACUUCACAAAAUGGAAUCAGAACAUUUAUUUGAUAAUGAUGAUUUUGUUGGAUUGCCUAAUUUAGAUGAAAUGCUGGAAAAUUGUAGUGAAGACCCUGACCAACAAGUCAGGCUUAUUGAACAAAGAAUGCGUGAAUUACACAGCAUAUUUAGUGAAAAUAAAACAAAACUUGGCGAAUUGGAAAAACAAAAUCGGCGACGACGUAAAAAAGAGCAGCAAUCAUCAAUAUCUUCAUCUCCAGCAUCACGUUCUAAUAUUAUAAUUGGAGGUGGUAAUGUUGAGAAUAUUUGA